AUGACAGCUCCAAUGCUGUUGUUUUAUUCAGGCAGAAAAGACUAUUGGAAUUUCUACGAUCUCGUUAAUAAGAAGGUUCUUAAUUUCCAAGUGAAUGUGCCGAGGAAGCGGCUUAUUGGGUCUUCGAAAGGAUGGUUAAUAUUUACUGAGAAGAAUACUGUGGACAAAACUUUUGGAGUGACCUUAGUAAAUCCACUCUUUAGAGUUAGAGGGAGGGAAAAGAAAGAAAAUUCGCUCAUUCGGCUUCCCCCACUAACUCCUCCAGGUUGGAAAAAAUGGUAUAAAGAUUGUGAGCGUUUUGUUUGCAAGGCCACAAUUUCAGCUGACCCAAUAUUAAAUGCACACGAUUGCAUUGUUACGGUCAUACAUUUAGAAAGAUGUACACUGGCUUUUAUUAGAUUGGGUAAGGAUACAACAUGGACUUAUGUGAAUGAAAGUGUUGAUAAUGCCCGUUUAGGUUGCCACAUGGUUGAAGAAGCUGCUAGCUUGGGAAAUAAAUUUUAUGCUGUGAAUUCUUGGAGUGAAGUUUUAUUUUUUGAUGUUAGUACUUGGUCCAACUCAAAUAUAAAAUUGGUUGGACGCGGCAACCGCCCAGAUGAUGAUGAUGAUGAUAUAAAAAGAUAUAUUUUUGAAGGAGAGGGGAAUAAAUUGUGGAUGGUUCAAAGGUAUUUAGAGUUCGGAGAAGUUAAACGUGUGACAAAGAAAUUUAGAGUUUUUGAAUUGAAUUAUCAAGCAGGUGAGUGGACUGAGAAAAAUACCUUGGGUGAUUUUGCUGUAUUUGUGGGUGACAACUUUUCAGUAUGUGUGUUGGCUGCAAAACUUUUAGGAUUUCAAUCAAAUUGCAUAUAUUUUAAUCAUGACCGUGAUUACGUGGGCUAUUAUUACGAAGCCUACGAUUUUGGUGUUUAUAACGUUGAAGAUCAAUGCUUCGAAGAAAUCUACACUGAAAGUGUUGAGAAGCUCCUGGAGAUGAGCUAUCCACUACCAAUUUGGGUUAUGCCUGCAUUGUGUUUUUAG